GUUCAGCUGAGUUCAGUCAAUCGGAACAAGCCCUAAAAUAGUGCAUAUAAAUAGUCAAAAAAUGGCAUUAUCAAUGGAACCAUGGAGGGAGUAAAAAAAUUAAAAAUAAAAAUACAAUUGAAAUAGAGAGAGUAGUUACGGCGGGACAUUCAAAUAUCUAAGACUAGAUAUAUCUAGUUUUUUGUGACCACUUAUUGCACCAAUUUACCAUAACCAGUAGUACUCCCCCAAACAGUAGACCAACCCCCUUCCAUCACUUCUUCCUAUUUCUCUGCCUACAAAUUCACCCCUUCUCCCUCUCUCCCAAACCCAAAAAAAAAAAGUUCAUCGUCGGAAAAUAUGGAACCCUCAUCAAUUAAUCCCAGAAACGGCUACUGCUCCGCCACCAAAACCUUCCACACUCUCCGAGAAAACCCCCCUCUUCCACCUGAAUCCACCCCUCUCUCCAUCACCGAUUACGUCUUCUCUCUCCUCCACUCCAACCCCGACUUUUCUCCUUCCUCCCCUGUCCUCAUCGACUCCGCUACUCACCAUUCUCUCUCCUACUCCGACUUCCUCAACCGCGUCAACUCGCUCUCUCAUUCUCUAUCCAACCUUUACAACUUUCCGCUAACUUCCAACGCUGUCGCCCUCAUUCUGUCUCCUCCAUCGUUCCACAUCCCUGUCCUCUACUUCUCUCUCCUCUCCAUUGGCGUCAUCGUCUCCCCUGCUAACCCUUUAUCAACCCAAUCCGAGUUGACUCACUUAAUUGAACUUGCUAAACCGUCUGUCAUAUUCGCCGUCUCUUCUAUAUCCUCAAAGCUUACUUCGUGUUCCUCUGAUGUUCCCGUCAUCCUCCUCGACUCGCCUGAGUUUGAAUCAAUGCUCACUCACCGAGUCACCCGCCCUCGAGUGACGAUCCCGCAGUCGAAUUCCGCGGUGAUUCUAUACUCGUCUGGGACUACGGGACGAGUCAAGGGUGUUGAGUUGACUCACCGGAAUUUCAUCGCUUUGCUCGCUGGAUUGCACCAUCGGAGAAUGAAGGCGAUUGAGGAGGAAGAAGGGACGAAAACUCGGGCAAUCUCUCUGUUCUUUCUGCCUUUGUUUCAUGUGUUUGGAUUCUUUAUGCUGCUUAGAGCGGUAGCAAUGGCGGAAACUCUGGUUUUAAUGGCGAGGUUCGAUUUCGAGAAGAUGUUGGAGACGGUGGAGAGGUAUAGGGUUACUUAUAUGCCGGUUUCGCCACCGUUAAUGGUGGCAUUUGAAAAAUCGGAAUUGACAAAGAAUUAUGAUCUCAGCUCCCUUGAGUUUUUAGGGUGCGGUGGUGCACCGCUUGGUAAGGAGGUUGCUCAGAGAUUUAAAGCACGUUUUCCUCAUGUGGAAAUUGGACAGGGAUAUGGAAUGACUGAGACAGGGGGUGGGGCAGCGUCGACAGUUGGACCUGAAGAGUGUGAACGAUAUGGUUCUGUUGGCCGCCUACAAGAGCACUCGCAAGCAAAGAUUGUUGAUCCGUCGACAGGAGAAGCCUUGCCUCCUGGUAAAGAAGGGGAACUAUGGCUGCGUGCUCCAACCAUCAUGAAAGGUUAUGUUGGCGAUAAAGACGCAACUGCUGCAACCUUCCAUCCAGAUGGGUGGUUAAAGACUGGCGAUCUUUGCUAUUUUGAUUCUGAUGGAUAUCUGUACAUUGUUGACCGGUUGAAGGAAUUGAUUAAGUACAAAGCAUAUCAGGUUGCUCCAGCUGAGUUGGAACGUUUGCUAUUAUCACACCCAGAAAUUGCUGAUGCUGCUGUCGUUCCUUAUCCUGACGAAGAAGCUGGAGAAAUACCCAUGGCAUUCGUAGUCCGUAAACCUGAAAGCAGCAUUACUGCGUCUCAAGUGAUGGAUUAUGUUGCAAAAGAGGUUAGUCCAUAUAAGAGGAUACGCCGUGUUGCUUUUGUCGGUGCUAUUCCAAAGAAUCCUUCAGGGAAGAUCCUUAGGAGAGAGCUCGUCAAGCAAGCUACAGCUAGUCCAUCUAAGCUAUGAUUAAAAAAUAGUUCCAGCAUCCUACCUGUAUCAGUUAUAGUUUUGGGCUGCUUAAUGUUGCUCAUUUAAUUCAAGGUUGUCCCCUCCCUGCACUUGUAUUUAUUAAUAUGAUGAACGGACCAGAGUUGCUAUCAGGUAAGCUUGGUGCGAAAAUAAUUGAGUUAUAGCAGAGCAUGAGUGCAACUCUUUUGUGCAGGGGGUGAUAUAUUCAUUGUGAACAUUUUAUGAGCAUGAGUUUCUGCAAUUAAAACCCUCUAAUUAAGUUA